AUCAGGUACUCCUAACGCAACAUAAUUUCAGAUAGCGAGCGAAAAAGAUGGAAGUAACAACUCCCGCAAGUUCGUCCUACGGUCACCAAUUUACUUGGACCGACUACACCUUUUUUGGCGGCAUGUUGGCCAUGAGUACGAUUAUUGGAAUUUACUUUGGAUUUUUCGGAAAAAAACAGAAUACAGCCAGUGAAUACUUGAUGGGCGGAAAACGGAUGCACGCAAUCCCGAUUGCAGCCUCCCAAGUUGCAUGUCAGAUAUCUGCAACUACGCUUCUGGCAGUACCGGCAGAUAUCUACAAGUUUGGGGCGAAUUACAUGUGGCUCUCGGUCUCCACACUGUUAGUCUCCAUAGCUGUGUACAAGAUAUAUUUGCCGGUAUUUUAUAAUCUUCAGCUGACCAGCAUUUACGAGUACCUGCAAAUGAGGUUUGACAGAAAGAUGCGAAUCCUAAGCUCAUUUUUAACGAUAGUGUCGAUGCUGGUUUUUUGCCCAGUUGCGAUUUACAUUCCGUCGCUCGCAUUUGCACAAGUGAGCGGGGUUAACGUAAUGCUAGUGGCUUCAGUUACCUCCAUUAUCUGCGUGUUUUAUACAACUGUAGGUGGUUUAAAGGCAGUCGUGUGGACUGAUACGUUUCAGUUUGUGGUUAUGGUAAUUACUUUUUCCAUAGUGUUCGUCAUGGGACUCUCCUCGGUCGGCGGAUUCGCUUCGGUUGUUGACAGAUCAAUUGCCGGCAGGAGGUUUGAAGUGCUCGAUUUUAGCUUUGAUCCAACUCUGCGGGAUAGCUUCUCGGCUUUGAUAAUCGGAGGUACGGCCCAAUGGAUUGCGUUUACGGGUACAAAUCAGGCUGUUUUACAAAAAUAUUUAUCCGUCCCGACCUUCAAAGACGCCAGGAGUGCCCUAGUCAUAUACACCAUUUGCAUAUCAAUUAUACAUGUGUUCGCAGUCUUCAUGGGUUUGCUUGUUUAUGCAAAAUACUGGAACUGUGACCCCCUGGCUUCCAACCAGAUUUCUCGAAUCGAGCAGUUAUUGCCACACUUCGUAAUGGAGGUAGCUGGUAGUCUUCCAGGGUUGCCAGGAGUUUUUAUAGCGGGAGUGUUUAGUGCAGGACUAAGCUCAUUAUCCGCCUGCUUGAAUGCCAUAUCAGGAGUUAUAUACGAAGACUUUGUCUCCCACUUUCUAUCCAAGUCAACCUCCCAACAACGAAUUAGUAACGUUUUAAAAGUGAUCGUUGCAGGGAUGGGAAUUGUGUGCACUCUCCUUGUGUUUAUUUUAGACAACGUAAAGGGAAUUUUUCCUUUCUACAUUGGUUUGAUGGCCGUCGCAACUGGCCCCCUGUUGGGAAUUUUUACCAUGGGUUUACUGGUUCCAUUUGUCAAUUCAAAGGGGGCAUUCUAUGGAGGUAUUUUCAGUAUGAUUGUGAUCGGGUGGAUUGCAUUACAGAAUCAGUGGUAUCAAAGUCAUGGCUUGAACGACGAAUUUUUAAAGCCGAUCUCUACGGACGGAUGUUAUAACUCCUCAUUUGACAUUUCGAAUACCUCCCAAGUCGAAAGGCCGAUCUUCUUGUAUAGAAUUUCAUUUUGGUUUUACGCACUCAUUGGCGCUGUUGUAUCAAUGGCGUGUGGAUUCGUGAUAAGUUGCUUUACUGGGCACGAUAAAGCACCGGUGCCCAAAAAACUGUUGAGCCCGAUUGUCCAUGGUUUUUUGAGCAGAGCUUCUAGUAAGGACAGUGUUGAACCAGAGAAGAUCCCACUCAAUAGCUUUUAAAGGUUACUCAGAUCCGAAUCUUAACUGUGCUUUCAUCGAAUAUCUAACAAGUAGUAAAGCAAUUUCUAAUAUCCCAUUAUGGAGUUUUGUAAUUGAAAUGGGGAGGAGUAGUGUAGUUGUAGCUUUAAAAUUAGAAUGUAAUCUUAGGUUACUAGGCUUUAGAUAGGAAAUCGAGAACAAUUAAGUAUUUCAUAAGUAGACUAAUUUGAAGGAUACCAUAAUUAGGGUAUUGAACCAUGAAUAUCCAUUAAAUAUAGCUAGAAUAGAGUGGUGAAGUGUGUGUUAUACCAUACCAGAUAGAACCACCCUGCUUAGGCGCUUUUUUGCAACUGUUUUGGAAGAAGAAUUGAAAAUUGUUGCAUUUCGAAUCUGUCGCUCAUUUUGGACGUCUACGUACAAGGCUGCUUCUUGCGUUCGCUACUCGCAAAAGCGUUUGGACGCGUCCAAAUCUCUAAAAUGAUGAUUUUGGUGGCAUUUGGUGCAGCUACUACCAAGUGAAUCCUGGUUAGAAUUUAAUACCCAGUAAA